AUGAGCGACUCACUAGACAGAAUACUUGCUGCGGCAGUGGACGGUCAAGCACAAAGCCAGCGUUUCAUUCAGCGACAACUCAGCCGCCUCCACGAGCAUUUCGUGAGAGAUGGCCCAGAAAUUCGGGCUGCGAUGAAGAAUGAUGGUAGCCAAACGACGUCUGAAAUCGAGAUUCAGUACACAUUAGCUCUCGAGACCAUCACAAAAUCGUUCUCUGAAAGCGACUUUCAGAAAUUAUUGGCGACAGAAUAUAAGAUUGCGUAUUCCGAAAAUACUCCUGACCAUAGAUGUGCCUAUGGUGCUGCAUAUAUUGCACCAGCAACCUACAACCUGGUCUACUCAACUGUUGCGGCGGUUUCAACUGCAAUCGCGGCUGGUAACUGUGUUAUACUUGAGUUACCUAAAACACUCUCAGCAACGUCAGAUGUGCUGAGGAAAACAUUAUCAAACGCGCUUGAUCACGAUACCUUCACUAUCGUUGACAAGAACGUCGACCAAAACAAGUUAUCGCGAAAGACGGUUCGUUUGCAGGGCUCUCCGAGUGGGGACGUUAGUCCUUCGCCAGAGACUCUGAUUGUUCCAAGUACGAGAGCAAUUGCAAUCGUGGAUCGGUAUGCAGACUUCCAGAAAACCGCUAAAGCAAUCAUCCGAGCACGGUUUGCAUUCGAAGGGAAAUCACCGAUCGCUCCACAACUCGUAUUGGUCAACGAAUACCGUAUCAAAGAGUUCUGCAACGCCAUUGCCGAAAACACCAGCAAAUACUUUGCAUCACAAAUUGAGGGAAAUAGCACGUCGGACAGUAGUCUUGCCGCAAAGUCUCGUGCUAUUCGAGCUUCUGCGAAUGAGUUGGACAAGGCUGGUGCAGAAACGAUCUUGUCUGGAUCCAGGGGUGUGGUAGUACGGGUCAACGACCGAUCCUCGUCUCUGCUGAGAAAACAUGUUAACGAGCCCCUGCUGAUCAUUCACCCGGUCAGAAGUCUUGAUGACGCUAUGGAUCUUGCCAGCAGAACCUCUGGUGACGAGCCACUUGCUGCUCUGCACGUCUUUGGAAGUCCAGAGGUCGGCAAGUAUGUCUCUCAAUUUGUUCACAGCCAUCUGACAUGUAUCAAUGAUAUUCCGGUUGAGCUGGUCGUGGCACCAUUGACGCCCGUCGGAUUCGCCACGCUGCUUGGACAGCCAUACAGGAAGGAGAUGUUCACAACGGCGAAACCACAGUAUAUUGAAUUUGGGAAGAGAGAACAGCAGCUAAGCACGCUCAUCGAAAGCAACAACGAAGCUGAGGCAGUGAAGCUGAGGAAGCAGGCGCAAGCUAUCAAGGUCGAUAUGAAGCAGCCAGCUGGUCAUCUUCUUGGUCAUUUCGAGCAGGGGCUGUUGGUAGGAGCAUCACUUGCACUGGUCACGAUUGUGACUGGGGUGACCUUACUUAUGAAGCAAGGUAUCCCCUUAUUGAAGACAUGGAGAUUCUGA